CUUGGGGGUUUUGAACUUAAAGCCACAUCACUUCAGUUGUCCGAUAACUACUGGCUCACACAAGAAUGCACCAUGAUUAAGGUCUCCUCACAUCUAAUGAUUCAUUCUCAGGUUCACGUGAUUGUCUCAACAGCUAAUGACCAUCUUUCUUAUUUCUCUUAUUCGCCCCCUCUUAUCUCCACUCCCAUUUUCACCUCCAACCCCCUCGCUCUAUUUCUGUCCCUCGCUGAGUCAGAUGCACAGCCCCUACUUUAGAAUGACACAAACAGGCAGACCAAUUCUCGAUUCAGAUUGACUGAACGCUAAAACACACAAAAAAACUCACCUCUGGAGACUAAAAACAGAAAUGGAGGAAUGUGAAAGUCUGGACUCGGAGAUGACGGAGCUUCAGGRGUUGGCCUCAGAUGCCAUCAGCCAGGACGAUGAAGAUGAAGUGGAAGAGCUACACAACAGCUUGCGUGAAGUCGUCCAGGACCCGUCGGUGAAGCCCAAGCUCCAGUGCCUCAUGGUUGACCCGUCGUUCUCCAUGGUGACGGUCCAAAGUGAGGACAGCGGUAUCGUCUGGGAGACGGCUUCCAGCCGUUGUUCGACUCCCUGGGCCUCUGAGACCAGUUCCACUUCAGAAGCUUACAGCAUGGAGGGCUCUGGGGGUGCAGGGAAGAUCACGAUCGUCUUUGAYGAGGAGAAGGUGGUCCGCAGGAGGACGAGGUCUGGAAGCAGGAGCAGCAGGUUGGGGGACUGGCUGAGCAGACCCGGCAGCUCUAGAUCAGCUUCAGCUUUGGGAGUGGAGAGGCCGGAAAUGGCGGAGGUUUCUCUUCCUAAUGUCCAACAGGAGAAAACCACAACAGAGAGGGACUUGGAGGAAAUAAAAAGUAAGGAUCAGCAGUUGUUCAGUUUGAUUUCUGAGGGUUAUGAGAUCCUGAACAUUAGAGUCCCUUCCAAACUCCCCACUGUGGAUGAGGAGGAGGCCACAGACCUGCAGGACAAUUUGUCUUAUCUGGACCAGACUCCCAAGAUCAAGUCCCGAAACCAAAGUGACUGGACUGAAUUCAAGGAUCAUGAUCAGCCAAAGGGAGAGGAAAUACACACUGAGCCUUCAAAACAAAAUACCUCCCAGCUGUCAGCAGACAAAGACAAUGGAAGCAGAACCACGCAGAAAGACAAUGCUAGUGAUAUUGACUACUUUGAAAAUUUUACACUUUUGGAUGUCGUGGCUCCGGGAGAUCAAGCAUCAGAGCUGCAGGAGGAGGAAGGUCAGCAGCCACCAACAAAACCCCAAACAGAGGAGCAAAAACCUGUGCUUGUGAAACACAUGAGCACAGAUAGCCCCUCUUUCACCGAGGACUCUUUUGAAGUAGUGACAGACGUGGAGAUUGUUGGGGAACACCUAGAUGAGGUCUUCUAUGGAGAAGGACCCCCCGCUGAUGUGCUGCAGCAGAGGGGAGACGGGGUGGGCGAAGCCAGGGUGAGAACAAGACGCGAGAGCCAGAGGUCCACGAAGGAGAGCGGCUCAGUGUUGUUCGCUUGUGAGGAGACCACUCUCACUCCCAUUUUCAUCUCCCCAGGACCUCCGAAGAUCAUUGACCCCAUACUCCUGGAGGAGCCCAGAGCCAUGUCCUUCAUGUACUCGGACCUUUACGAGGAUGCCGUUGGCGAGAGGAGGAGRAGCGAUGAGGAAUACUCCGAGGCGGGGAGCGUGACGUCUGAGAAGUCCUGUAAGAGGCGGUUCUCGGAYUCGGAGGAGACGGACGGGUACCUGGAGAAGUUCAUUUUGAAAGACGAGACUCCAGCGGUGGAUGUUCAGCCAGAGUUGGUGGAUGACUCGAGUGAAGGGCGGAUGGUUUGGCCGCAGGGGAAGUUUGAAAUGACUGGCUCUUUAAUAAGAGCACCUCAAGAGGAAGAAGCGGAGGAAAAGACAAAGAAAACAGAGGUGAAGAAGCAGGAGGCCAGUACUGGAGUGAGUGAUGAGAAGAGGGAAGUUGUACCAAAAGCAGAAGAAACGGAAGAAAUGCAACCCUCCAUCGUGGCUCAGGAGCAAGCUGUGAGACAAACCUCAGGAGAAUCAAACCAGCAGCUAAAACCAACAAAGGAGCAGAUGGAGAAAUGCAAACAUGAGGUGAAAACAGAUCAAACUGAGCUGCUGGAGCCAAAAACAGAAAGGCUACUUAAACCUCACCAGAUGGAAAUGAAAGCAGAAACAAGUGAGGAAAAUCAGAGGAGCGAGGAAAACAAGCAACGCAGCCUUGACACAGAGCAGGCGUGUCAGACACACAAAAUGUCCAAGGAGCCUCUGGUGACGUCACACAUGGCAGCACCUGAAAGCAGAGAGGAGAUACUCGAGUCUGAAACAGAAAACACUGAAAAGGGUCCGUCUAAAGAAACGGCCGCUCAAUCAAAGAUGGUGGCAACUGAUCAGAAAGCAGCAACUCAGUCAGAACCAGAGGCCUCCGCUCAAGUGACACCUGAAAGCAAAACCUUYGUAAAACCCCUCGCAGAAACAAAGAGCUGCACCGAAACAUGCCUGAGCGAGACAAAAGAAGCAGCUCCUGAAGAGGUUUUGGAGGUCAUGGCUGACCGUAACCGCGAUUGUGAGCUAAAGACSCAAGUUAAGACGGAGCUUCAGGAUGCAGCAGAGGCAAAAACUGCAGCUCCUGAAGGAGAACAACUACAGAAGUCUUCACCACAGGAAGACGCUGCUGAGAUCCUGAGUGAAACUGAUCAGGACUCAGAGGUUAAAAGCAGAAUUUUAAGUGACGUCAUCCAACCUGCGAUGCCUGAGGAAGUCAAAACAGAAUCAGAUGAGAAACCUCAACAACAGAUUGACGAUGAACAAAGAGUGACAGGAAGUGAAUCCAAUGAGUCAACACCAGAAACCAGUUCUAAAACACCCACAGAGCUCACUGAGGUUUGUGUUCAGGAUGUUGUGAACGUUGGAGACGACUUCAUCCUUCUUGUUCCAAAGGGACAAGCUGUAGAGAUGGACAUAGAGAUUGGUCAGUGGACCGAGGCGACGGGAAAAGACACAAUCUCGCCACCUGAACCUGAUCAUACUGAGAAAGUUCAGGCACCAGAGCSUCAAGCUGAAGAAGAACCAAAAGUUUUGGUUGAAGGACUUCCCAGCACUUAUUUAGACAAAGAAGAUUUACCACUGCUGCCUGAAGAAGACUCUGAGGAGCAGAAGAUUGAAAGGGAUUUAGAGGAGGACAAAGCCGUCAUUUCUCCACUUAGGAGUUUCACUCCCCAGGAGGAGUUAUCUGGGCUUCAUAUAACACAGUCAGAAUGGGUAGACGAACAAAUAAAGGUAGACAUGUAUGAGACAGAGGAUGUACCAGAGGUAAAUUUCCCUAAAGAGGAUGCACCGUGUACCGAUGAGCAGAGUGAAGAUGCAGGACAACAUACGGAGCGAGAUGAGGCCGUUUUAGGUGCUCCAGAUGAAACUGUUGCUCUGCUUGGAUAUGAAAUGAUAUCUGAGCAGGAAGCACAAGACAGGCCAGAGGAAAGGAUGGAGACGGAGACCGAGAAGGAGCAGAGGGAAGAGCUUUUUGGUGACGAUGUCAUCAUUGAGGCUGAUUAUGAGAUCAUCGACGCAGAGGAGGAGAGUCAGGCCCGGCUGGCUGUUGAGCUGCAGGGUCUGGACUGGUUCUGCUCCACCUGUGAGUGUCUGCUGUCAGAGGAUGAGUACAUGUCGGAGGAGCACCGCAGCCAUGAGGUGAAGUUGGUGGAAAAAGCCUACGAGGAAGUCAAGGAGACGCUGAGUGUCUGGAUCUCAGAGYUUCAGGAGAGAUCGGAGAACAUCGAGGACUUGGUGUCGGAGCUGGAGCUGACCUACAACUCUGUGGAGGAUGGGUUUGUGGAGCGAGARGCAGCCAUGCGGGCGCAGAACGAAGAGAUGAUGACUCAGGUGAUGGAGCAGUACAACCAAAUGUCCGUCACCAUGGAGGAGGAGAAGAAAGCCAAGCUGGAGCAGCUCUACGACAAGAUCGUUUCCUUCCAGGAGAACAUCGACUCGGCCAAGUCCACCCUGGAGACCACCACCAGGGAGGCUGAAACUGAUGCRAGCUCACCUGAAGACAUCUGUGCAAGACUCAAAGCAGCUCUGGACUCAGCCUCGUCCCUGGAGCUGGGUCCCAAGGGACUGUUGGUGUUUGAGGACUACACCAAGACCAACGCCACCAGCUCAAACCUGGCCCAGCGUAAAGGAAUUCCAGUGCCUCAGAGGCCCACACUGCAGCCCCAAGAACCAGGCUCAGCCACCAGCACCAGUGUCACGGUCUACUGGAAGGUCAACCCUGGCGACAUCAUCGACUGCUUCCAGGUUUACUGUGUGGAGGAGCCACAAGGAGCCGUGUCGGAGGAGUACCGGGUGACAGUGAAGGAGAGUUACUGCGUCCUGGAGGAAUUAGAGGCGGACAAGAUGUACAAGGUGUGGGUGAUGGCUGUCAACUACACAGGCUGCUCUCUGCCCAGUGAGAAGCUCCUCUUCAGAACCGCUCCAUCGGUGCCAGUGAUGGACACGGAGCGCUGCAGCGUCCUGUGGGAUUCAGCCACGCUGAGGUGGAGCUCUGCUCAGCAGACUCCAGGACAGAGCUACAGUCUGGAGUACUGCCGGCAGUACGAGCUGGAAGGAGAGGGGCUCCGAUCAAUCUCAGGAAUUACCGUUUGUGAACAGAGAGUUCUCCUGCAGCCCAAUGAAAAUUACCUGUUUUACCUGAAAGCUGUUAAUGAGGCUGGUGUCAGUGAGCCAAGUGAGGCUGCGCUCAUCUCUACAAGAGGGACGAAGUUCCACCUGCUGAGAGCCUCAGCUCAUCCCGCUUUGAAGCUGUCCGAUGACCAGACCACCCUGCACUACUCCCAGGACGCUCACAAAACCACAGAGUGUCCAUCCAUCCUGGGGGAGUUGUUGCCUCCUCGAGGSCUGCAUUACUGGGAGACAGUGGUGUCAGGAUGUCCGGCCUACAGGCUUGGGGUAACGUGCACCGCAGCCAACAGAAGCAGCUCAGUCGGGGAGAACAGCAUGUCGUGGUGUUUGCAGUGCAUUCCCACACCAUCAGGCUGUAGGUUUCAGAUGCUCCACGGUGACGUUCAGUCCAGUCUGUUYGUGACUGAGACACCAGAGCGAGUGGGCGUCCUCUUGGACCACCGUCUGGGACGUCUGUCCUUCUACAAUCCUCACAGUGGACGGUUGUUGGGGACAUUCAGGGAGCGGUUCACCCAGCCCUGCCACCCGGUGCUGGCUCUGGAUCAGCCGGGCAGCCUGCAGGUCUGCAUGGUGCUGGAGGUACCAGAGUUUAUCAAACACACCUGAGUCUGCUGUGUGCACCUUCAGAACACAGUCUGUGAUAUUCUGAAAUAACCAAUUUGUUAAAAAUACAAAAAUUAAAAUGUUACAGUUUUAAGAUUUAAA